UCUCCGCUGGCGCUGCAGGAUCAGACGGCGUCGGUCCUGUGCGCGGCCUCCGAGGUGCCCGAGGGGGGCUUCGGCAACGCGGUGCCCAUGGUGAUGCGGGGCAACUGCACCUUCUACGAGAAGGUGCGCCUGGCGCAGGUGAACGGCGCCCGCGGGCUGCUCAUCGUCAGCAAGGAGAGGCUGGUGCCCCCCGCUGGUAACCGGACUCAGUAUGAGGAAAUUGAUAUCCCAGUGGCCCUGCUCAGCUAUGCGGAUAUGCUGGACAUAGGACAGAGCUUUGGUCGCUCAGCCAAGGUGGCCAUGUACGCACCCGGCGAGCCCGUUCUGGACUACAACAUGGUGAUCAUCUUUGUCAUGGCGGUGGGCACGGUGGCCGUCGGUGGAUACUGGGCUGGGAGCAGAGAUGUGAAGAAGCGCUACAUGAAGCACAAGCGGGAUGACGGGGCUGAGAAGCAGGAGGACGAGACGGUGGACGUCACUCCGGUCAUGAUCGGAGUCUUUGUGGUCAUGUGUUGCUCCAUGCUGGUCCUCCUCUAUUACUUCUAUGACCAGCUAGUGUACGCCAUCAUAGGGAUUUUCUGCCUGGCCGCUUCCAUCGGCCUCUACAGUUGCCUUUCCCCGUUUGUCCGAAGGUUCCCCCUCGGGAAGUGCCGCGUUCCCAGCAACAACUGGCCUUAUUUCCACAAACGGCCCCAGGUCCGGAUGCUCCUCCUUGCCGCCUUCUGCGUCGCUGUCAGCCUGGUCUGGGGUCUCUUCCGGAAUGAGGACCAGUGGGCCUGGGUCCUCCAAGACGCUCUGGGGAUUGCCUUCUGCCUCUACAUGCUGAAAACGAUCCGCUUGCCGACCUUCAAGGGCUGCACUUUGCUUCUCCUGGUCCUCUUCGUGUACGACGUCUUUUUCGUCUUCAUAACUCCGUAUCUCACCAAGACAGGGGAGAGCAUCAUGGUGGAAGUGGCUGCUGGACCCACGGACUCCUCCACUCGCGAAAAGCUGCCGAUGGUGCUCAAGGUCCCCCGGCUCAACUUCUCCCCGCUGGCCCUCUGCGACAGGCCCUUCUCCCUCCUGGGAUUUGGGGACAUUUUGGUACCAGGUCUGCUUGUGGCCUAUUGCCACAGGUUUGAUAUUCAAGUCCAGUCGUCCAGAGUGUAUUUCGUAGCUUGCACCAUAGGUUACGGCGUUGGCCUCCUGGCGACCUUUGCGGCCCUGGCCUGGAUGCGGAAGGGCCAGCCGGCCCUCCUCUACCUGGUGCCCUGCACGCUCCUCACCAGCCUCCUCGUGGCCCUGUGGCGCCGGGAGCUGGCCACGUUCUGGACGGGCAGCGGCUUUGCGAAAGAGCUGCCUCCUCCUCCUCCUCCUCCUCCCUUAGUCGUCUCCCCCGCCAGCUGCUCUGCUCCCCCGAAAGGGGGGGAUCCUCCAGCACCCCACCCAGAGGCCGAUGGAGAAGCCGCCGCCUCCGCCAUCCCUCCCAGGGAGCCCGUCAGCACCCCCUUGGGCCCUGAGGAGGAGGAGGAGGAGGAGCCACGCGCCCCUUUCCUGGAGGUGGAGAAAGAGGCGAAGGAAGAGGAGACGGACGCUGCUGAGGCCCAGCCCGACCAUCCGCCGGCCCUGCAGCCCCUGGGAGAGGCGCCCGAUGACCCCCUGAAGGACGAUGCUCAGGGACAGCCGAGCCUCCCCCCGCCUGAACAGAGUCAGUCCGGCUAG